UCUUAUAUUUCGUUUCUUACAUUUUGUAUUUCACUCUUUUUAGAUCUUUCAGUUCUUCUCUGCAACUACUAAGGUAUGUUUUUAUUUUUUUAUUUCCGUUUAUUUAUUACAUGUAAUUUCUGUUUCCUACUAACUUUAUUUCUUCUUUUAUUUUUUUUUUGCUUUUUUAUUCUUCCCUUCCUUUGUUUUUUUUGUUGUUUUUUAUUUUCUCUGCGUUCCUUUCAUUUUUUUUUGUUCCACUUCGUCUCUUUCAUUUCUUUAUACUACCCUUCAUUCCUUUUGUUUUAUUCCAUUCCCGCUUCAUCUUUUUUAUUCCUUUACAAAUUACACUACCUUUAUUCUUUUUAUUCCCCCUUUG